AUGAAUAACUAUGCGGCUGACAGACUUCCCCAGAAUACUGUCGUCGAUGGGGAGGAGAGGGGCGGGAAAUCCUAUGAUCUCAACUCAUCCUAUCAACUCCUCGAAAACCGUGCCGUCAUCCGCAUCAUUCUGCCGUUGGCAAUAUUUCAAACCCUCUUCUACAUUGCUUUCGCUGUCAGCGGCGCAGUUGUCUCGCUAUUUCAUGCAGACUUGGAAAAGGUCCCAUACGUGACGUUAACUUCGGUCACCUAUUCUAUCCCGUACUACACGGUGAUGUCUCCGAUUCUCAUAUGGCUCGCCAUACGAUGGUCCCAGCAGCUGAAAGAAACGAAGUUGAAAGCGCUCACCAGACCAACAUUGAACGACAACGAUGUUUAUUUCCAAUCGUAUAGAGAGGCUUGGAACAAACCACGAACGAAAAAAUAG